AUGGACGCUGGCGAGGAGAAGAGGAAGAGAUCAGCCGGUCGUCUCUGCUGCCUUUGCAAAGGGAACAAGGCUGCCCUCAAGAGACCUAAAACCCUCGAGCAGGUAACUUGUGUUUUAUUCUCACCCCUUCAUUUUAUUUACUCUGCGGAAGUUGUCGUUUCCGAGUUCUCCGUUUCAUUUAUGGGAUGCACUGAAUGUGGUAUCAGAGUCUCGUGUUGAAUUACCUAUGGGGUGGGGAAUAUAUUUGCUUCCGCGCCGUCGUUAGUCACCUGCCAAGCAACUCAGAAGAUCUUUUGGUGUUUGGAUUUCUAGCCUUGCGUUUUAUUCUUUGGAGUUUUAGCUUCUCGCACAUUAUCUCUUCUUUGGAAACCAGAUGGUUAUGGAGAUCCUCAGUCUUGUUGUCCCACUAGCAUCGGUCGACUAUUAUGUUACCACUGUAAUUGUGGGCUUCCCUCGCGGGAUAGUUGUUCUCGCAUGCUGGUUCCUCUGACCCUGAAAAAACUCUUUUUCUAAAUUUUUCUUCUUCAACACUAGACGUGUUUUGAAGAGUCUGAAACGUAGAAACUUUCGUUUCCAGAUCUGUAAGGAGUGCUUUUACGCAGUGUUUGAGGAGGAAAUUCAUACUGUUAUUGUGGACAACAAUUUAUUCAAGGCAGGGGAACGAGUUGCCAUUGGGGCUUCUGGUGGAAAAGGUAUCGCCAAUGACCGACCUCUGUCCCCCUUUUGUCAAUAAUUAACUGUAAGGCAUGUUUUAUUCCGAAACCUCUUUCUGUCCUUGACUGGACUGUGAACGCACUUCAUGGCUCUGGAAUCAUAGGUUUGGACGAACCUAAGAUUGUCCAUAGGCAUGCCAUAUGUAGACUGUAGGAUUUCACUGAGCAGUUUGUCAACUGUGGCGAAUUGCGUGUAAAGAUUUUUCUGUCCAUUUGAUAAAGAGUUAUAGCUUGGUGAAUUGAAGUUUUUUUUUUCAGUUUGACCCUUGUAACAUGCCUUUCUUGGUUCUUGUAUGCUGAUCCUGCCGCUCCAUUUCUUUUUUCUUAAUGUAAUGUAUUUUUUUCAUAGCACCGAGGAUGAACCCGAGUAAUUGUGUGAACACUGGGAAGGCUAAGUAACCGGGAUCUAAAUUUUUUUAUUUCAGCCUCAAGCUGAAUUUAAGCAGUAAAAAUCAGUUUCCUGAGGUUGUUGCUGUGGUCAGCUAAGGUGCAGGAUGCAGACUUUCUUAGGAAUGUGUUGUUAUUUCAACUUGCGUUCACAGUAUUUUAGACUAUUCGGUUAGUUAUUAUGAAUCAUUAUGAGUAUUAUUUGUUCUGUGCCAUCCUGAUAGUUUGUAAUAACGGCUUGAAUGUUGAUAGUUCGAAGUUAUCUUUUUGGUAGCAUAGCUAUUCUGUCAUUGUGUACUGAUGUACCUUGUGCUCCAUCUUUUAGAAUAUGCUAGUUGAUGAACUUUCAAAUUAAGGGAGAUACUCGAUUUGAUAUUCUUCUAACUCUGCAGAUUCAACUGUUCUUGCUUAUGUAUUAUCAAAAUUAAACGGUCAGUACAAUUAUGGCUUAGAUCUCUUCCUGCUAUCUGUUGAUGAGGGCAUCACUGGUUACAGGGAUGAUUCUCUUGAAACUGUCAAAAGAAACGAAGUUCAGGUGUGUGUCUCUCAUCUUUUGCAUAAUGUUUUUAGUUCGUGGAUUUUCUCCCAAGCUUUCAUUUGACCUCCCAAAUUUUAUUUGGGUUUUGAUAUGUUUAACAGUAGAUAGUCAGCUGGUCUUAACCAUAUCUUUUUUUCCAUGGACAUGAUAUCUUUCUCUUCUAUAUUUCACGCCCUGUCUUUUUUGGUGUAAUUUGUAGUGCAUGAAAACCAUGCUUGUGAUUGAACUUGUUCAACAUUAGUGAUGUGCAUAUGAUCUUUGAGAGAAAAUAACCAACUUAAAUGGUAAUUAUCUGUUAAGAAGCCAACCGUCGUCUACACAAGAUGACCUAGACCCCCACGUGGAGGGGGGACCACAAUAGAAUAAGGUACUAAGGCCUAUAAAUAUAGAAGAGGCCGAAAUAAGGGGGGGGGGAAGAAAACAGAGAGUGGAGAGAGAGAUCUGUCCCUGGAGAGGUCUGAUUCGGGCUCUCCUGCUCCUGAGGAUCGAUCCGACCUCAGGAACUCACCCUACUGUCUGCGAACCUCUAUUGUCUUUCCAAUUUCAUUUUCAAUUGUUCUGUUUGGUUCUUCUAUACACAGAGAUCUGAUUCCCUGAGUGAGCCUCGUCUAAGGUAAGAUUAGGGUGAAGAUUUCGCCCCAAAUCUUGAGAGGUUCGUAACAUUAUCCUUUUUCCUCUCUUCUUGAGAUGGACUUCUUCACUGUUUCAAAACUCAGUAAUUUGGAGGAUUCUAUGUCACAUCCUUUUCUUUCACUUGAUAAUGAAUAUGAAAAUUUUGCAUGUUUCAAAUUUAUAAAAUUUGCAUUUUUAUUGCUUCUGCGCACAUCAUUUGCAUUUGUUUACUUUCUUUUUUCUGCAUUUAAAUUCUUUAUUUAUCUUUCAUUUCAGUCAGUUAAUCCUCACAGUACUAUUUCUGUUUCUUUGUUCUUUCGCAGUAUGGCCUGCCGCUAAAAAUUGUUUCUUACAAGGAGUUGUAUGGUUGGACGAUGGAUGAAAUAGUGAAGUCAAUAGGUCUAAAAAACAACUGCACAUUUUGUGGCGUUUUUCGCCGUCAGGUAUGUCUUUUUGGGACUGAAAUUUCCGUGAUGUUGCUGUUACGUUUAUCUAAUUCUGUUUGAAUGAUUGUGGAACAUCUUGGUGUUUGUCAUUAUUUUAUUGGACGGGUACUGCCCUUACUUUUAUCUGGAUCAUUGUUACGACUAAAAUAUAUUUUGCAUAGCGGUAUUGGCUAUUAGAUGAGUUGAGCGGGCACUUCACAGCCUUUCUGUGAGCUAAAAAAAUACCUGGAGCACAGGGUAACAUAACGCACACCCUGUUGAAAAUUUGAAAAGUCCCAGAGUUCAGCUCACAUUAUUUCAUGAUGUGGAAUAUGUCGAACAUAAGAGAGAGAAUGGACACCUUUAUUUAGCAGGUAGAAACUUUCUGGCCGUACCUUUGGUGCGUUGGUGCCAAGGGCAUCAACCGAGUAUCGAAACCUUUUCUGACAUCUAGUUUCAUGCAACAUUCCCAUAUCCUCGUAGACAUCAUUCAUCAAGGAGUGAUUAGUUCGGCGUGCAGAUGUGGGCGAAGAAGCAACUCUGAUGGAGGGGGUAUAAUUUAUCCUGGUUCAACAUCUUGACAGAUAAUCCCUCUAAUAGUCACUUGGCUCCAUCCAUGCCCACUUCUGUCUGUCGCUUCAUACGUUUUACCUUACCGUUUAAACACUCUCACUGAUGCUGAGUUGAUGGAACAUUCCCAUAUCCUCGCUUUUUUUCCAUUUCUCUCUAACUGUAACUCCUCUUUCUAGGAGUUUAUAAUAAACAAUGGGAGAAGGAGCAGUGAAGGGAUUGGCGAUUCAUAUGGGAGUUACUGUAGCUAGGUGUUGCGCCGUUUGACUCGAUCAAGCUCUAAUAGGCUCAAUCUUGCAUGACUAACUAUUUGUCUUUAGAGAUACGUGGUAUGAGCUGCUACUCGUUCAUGGGAUAUGUAGUUGAACUGGCUUAGAUGCGUAUUAUGUUUCAAACUGUUUGUGAACGGGCCUGAUUUGGUAUGAUAUUAGAAGGAAUCGUUUAUGGGUGCUUUUCUCAUGGACUUAAUUGAUCUCCGCCAAGAUUUUUUUUUGAUGUUUUUAAACCUUUUGAAUCCUGCUGUAAACUUUAAAAUUCAACCUUAUGGUGGUACUAUGUUCCAGUUCUCGAGCCACAUAUUUUUGCCUGAAGCAGGUUCGUCUCUUGCAGUUAAACAUUAAUUUUUUCUCGUAUAUAACACAACUACUGGAUUCCCUAUCUGCAUUUCCAACUGCUGAGGGAAGAGAGUUUUUACAAGUUGUAAUACUUGCCAACUGGCAUCAUAAAUAUCCAAUGAAAGUGCAUUCUUGAAAUGAUGCUUUUCUUCGACAUCUAUAGGCCCUAGACCGUGGUGCUGCGCUGAUGAGAGCAGACAAGCUUGUUACUGGCCAUAAUGCAGAUGAUAUUGCGGAGACAGUCCUCUUAAACUUGUUACGGGGUGACAUUGCUAGGUAAAAAAAUUUCCAGGUACCCUCUGUUCCUUUUGUGUAUUCUUAAACUUUCUUUUCUACUACUUGAGUUGUGGUAUUGGGUUUUAUAGGCUGGGCAGAUGCACCCAGAUAACCACUGGUGAAGAUGGGCCCAUCCCAAGAUGCAAACCCUUCAAGUACACCUAUGAGAAGGAGAUUGUGAUAUAUCCUUAUGAUUUAUGUUAUCUCCGGUUAAUAUAAAUUAUUAAUUUUUGCCUUGUGACUUUGUGAACCUUGACAAUUUCUACGUAUGCAUAUUUCAAAAAACUGGACUACUUCUCCACGGAAUGUAAGUAAAAGUUCCGAUCUGAUAUUUUAUGCUGUAUGUUCCUAGAUGCAGAGUUGCUGCAUGGAAGCUGAUGAGAUGGGUAUAGUUUAUGCAGCUGCUAGAACUCUUUAUCCAUGUAUGUAAUGCCGGCCCAUUUAAGCAAACAUUAAUAAUCGUACAAUUUUCAUUGCGCUCUAGGCUGACUCAAUGGAAGAUCACUUGGGUGUAUUAGUGGAGCUCUGAGCGCUCACUUAUGAUUUACUAUGCUUUUUGUCUGAUCCAGUACUUUGACGUGAAUGCUUAGUAGGGGGGAAUAACUCGCUAUUAGAAAAUCUUCAAUAAUCUGUAUAAAUAUUGAAUUAUUAAAAUGAAAUACUUGGAAUCAUACAACAUUCAUCAUCUGUACCGCUGUAAUGGAGGAUGAAUGUUAAAAUUUUAGAUGAUCCUGUAGCUUGUGUUUGUCUAACGUCUCAACGAGGGUUCAGUGACUCCCAAUCCUGUUAAUUUCUUGUGGAAAAGGACUUUUUUACGUCCGUGUCCUUUACAAUCGCCCCCUGUACAACAGAGUGUUGUACUACCGUCUGAUCUCGCCUUGGUUGAGUCAUACUUCUGAGGACACCUUGAACAGGAGAGUCUUGACUCCUGAAUUGAUCAUUUGUUUAAAACCGUUGGGAUCUCGUCUGAAAACGAAAUUAAAUGCCACUUAUCUUCAAUGCAAAUAUUUUUAGUUUUGAAUUUCAGCUACCUCCCUACCGGUGCUUCUUAUGAUUUUAUUUCUAUAUUUGUCAACUGCUGAGUGCCUGUUCUAACCCCUUAUUUAUCAGUAUUUCACUCAAGUCAUUUUCUCAUGUAGGCAUUUAUUCUCCCAAUGCAUAUCGCGGCUUUGCUCGGGAAUUUAUUAAAGAUCUUGAAAAGAUAAGGUGGGUUAAAUCACUACCAUGAAAUCGAGUGGAGAUUUUAUAUCUUUUCUUCUUUUAAGCUUCGCAUCGCUUUUGUUUCUUACCCGUUUUAUGUUUUCCCCAUUUCCGAAUGGAUCAAUUCAUCUGUGUCCAGGCCCAGAGCCAUACUGGACAUUAUCCGGUCUGGAGAAAAUUUUAGGAUAUCCAACUCAACGAAGAUGCCAGAGCAAGGCAUGUGCGAGCGUUGUGGUUAUAUAUCCAGUCAGGUGAACCCAUUUUUUACUUCAUGGGAUAUUGUUCAGAAUGCUGAUCUUUCUCUAAAUUUCUGCCUUCAUCCACUGCCCUUAGUUAUUCUAAUCGAGUUCAUCCCUGUUUAGCAGCGCUACUCAUGUCUUCCCCAGUCUAUGCCUUUAAUCUAGGAUUCAAAUCUUUUUAUCCAAAUGUAGAAAUGGUGCAAAGCUUGUGUUCUUCUGGAUGGUCUGAACCGUGGCCUGCCAAAGCUCGGCAUUGGAAGAGCAAGAGCGCCGUAG